GUGACAGCCUCUCGCACGUACACAUCCUCACUUCCGGUAAAUCUGUUGGGUGGGACUAGCGGAAGCAGCGUUCAGAAUUUUUCCCUUCGCUGUGCAGUUUGCUUGAUCUAUAUCAUUCAACAUGCCGGCGUAUCAUUCCAACUUGAUGGCACCUGAUACUAGGCUGGUGGGGAAUAUGGCUUUGCUCCCACUCAAAACCCAGUUCAAGGGUCCUGCCAGAGGAGACGGUAUUGACUCUGACAUAAUCGAUGAGGCUAUCUAUUACUUCAAGGCCAACGUUUUCUUUAAAAACUAUGAAAUUAAGAACGAGGCAGAUAGGACGCUGAUCUAUGUCACUCUCUACAUCUCUGAAUGUUUGAAAAAACUACAGAAGUGCAGCUCCAGGGGCCAGGGGGAAAAGGAGAUGUACACCUUGGGUAUCACUAACUUUCCUAUUCCCGGAGAGCCUGGUUUUCCUCUCAAUGCAAUGUAUGCCAAACCCGCAAAUAAGCAGGAGGAUGAAACCAUGAGGGCAUACCUUCAGCAGAUCCGACAGGAGACUGGCCUGAGGUUAUGUGACCGUGUUUUUGAUCCUCAGACAGACAAACCCAGCAAGUGGUGGGUGUGCUUCGUCAAAAAACAGUUUAUGAACAAAAGUUUAUCAGCUCCUGGUCAGUAAGUCACCAGGGCAGCCUUUUUCUACUCUACACCUGGAAAAUGGAGGGAUUACAAUACAGGGGGUGGGGGUUGUUUUCUCAGAUGAUUUUAUACUAAUACGUUCAAAGAAAUGUCUCUUAAAGGUUGUUAUUCAUAUUGAGCUGGUACUUGAUGCAAUAAAAUUAUGGAACUUGGUGAAAUUUGAA